AUGAAACCGAACACCUCCAAAAAAGCCGGCGCAGCGCAAACCCCCUCCUCGAAGCCCAACUCCGAAUACCAAGAAAUAAAAGCAAAAUUCGCCAAACUUCUUGCUGAAGAGGAAGCAAAACGUGCUACGGAGGCCAAGAAGGGUAUUCAGUCUGCUAAAAGGCCCGUUGCGAGCCAGCCGGAGCUAGCGAAGGACACGAAGGAACAGGAUGCAAAGCGGAAUAAGGAGAAGGAGAGCAGGUUCAAGAUUCAACAUAUAGGGGACGAAGCCGAUGCCAUUGCGCCAAUAAACCUAGGCAUCGAUGCUCCCAAGGACGGCGCCGGGAAAGGAUGCUGGCACCCAAAGACAUUCGAUAAAGCCGUGGUCAUAAUCAUCGACGCCCUCCGUUACGAUUUUACAGUUCCUUUCCAGGCGACGAACGACGGUCAGACGCCGCGUUUAUUUCACAAUAAUAUCCCCGUCUUCUACGAGACAGCUGUCAAGUCGCCGAAUGAUGCGUUUCUACUGCCGUUCAUUGCGGACCCGCCUACGACUACCCUACAACGCCUUAAGGGUCUGACAACAGGUACUUUGCCGACAUUUAUUGAUGCUGGGUCGAACUUUGCGGGAACCGCUAUUGACGAGGAUAACAUCAUUGCGCAGUUAAAGUCUGCUGGGAAACGCGUUGUGCACUUGGGAGACGAUACCUGGCAUGCUCUAUUCCCAGGAUAUUUCGAGGAAGAGCUUACCCAUGCAUACGAUUCGUUCAAUGUAUGGGAUCUGUUCACUGUCGAUAACGGGGUGACAGAUCAUAUCUUCCCCUUGUUACAUGCAGAUAACUCUACGAAAUGGGAUGUGUUGAUCGGCCAUUAUCUCGGCGUGGAUCACGCAGGACAUAGAUAUGGGCCAGACCAUCCUGCCAUGGCUGACAAGUUAGCUGAGAUGGACACGCUUAUUCGUAAAAUGAUAGAUGCAAUCGACGACAAGACGGUACUGGUUGUGAUGGGUGAUCAUGGAAUGGAUCCUAAGGGUGACCACGGAGGCGAAUCUGAUGAUGAAAUCGAAGCUGCGCUAUGGAUGUAUUCAAAAAAGGGCGUCUUUGGUCGUGUCGCCGCCGAUAACCUACUACCUCCCCAGACAGCAAAGGAACGUCCCAUCCCGCAAAUAGAUCUAGUUCCAACUCUCUCCUUGCUCCUCGGGCUACCAAUCCCAUUUAAUAACCUUGGGUCUCCUAUCGAGGAGGCAUUCGCUGGAAAAACAGGCCAGGAUUUCCGCAACCUUGCAACGGUAAAUAGGCUCGCCUCUGCCCAAAUCAAACGAUAUCAACAUGAAUACGCGAAGGCUCGCGGGAACGAGGCUGUCCAGACAUCAGCUCCCCUCUCACAAUGGACGCGCGCUGAACACAGCUGGGCUGAUAUCCAUGCCAACGGACAGAAUAGGAAAGGUCAGUAUCAGACUGCCUACGAGGUAUACCGCAGGUAUCAGCGCCUUACACUGUCCGUAUGUAAGGGCCUGUGGGCUAAGUUCGAUGUCCCCAGCAUGGCCCAGGGGAUUGCUAUACUCUUUGCCGGUGUGACAUUCUUACACUAUUACGCUCGUUCGAUCCGUGGUAAUCGAACAGAUAUCACAUAUUUACUAUUGCAAAGGAUCGGAUACGGCUCCCUAGCUGGCACUGCUGGCGGUGCGAUGCUACAUGUUGGGCUCGGACUGGAUAAACCUCUUCUUGAAAGUAUAGUACUUUGGUGUGUGUUGGGCGGUAUGGUCGCCACCGUUUCGAUUGUAUUGAACAGCAAGCUCAGGGUCGGAAGCAUUUGCCCUGACUCUUUAUGGGGGUGGUUGAUGUUUAUUUUUACGAUUGCGCAGUCCAUUGGGUUUGCGUCCAAUUCUUAUACUAUCUGGGAGGACCAGAUACUUCUCUUUUUCCUAACGACUUUUGGCGUACUGGCAGCUUUCUCCUCGUUGAGGCAAAAGGUCAGUGAAGAUAAGGUCCUUGGGUUUUACCAUUCUAUUGUCUUCAUUUUACUCGGAAGGCUUGCGUCAAUGUCUCGGCUUUGCAGAGAGGAGCAAAUGCCUUACUGCCAAUCAACAUAUUACGCAUCCAACAAUUCGUCGACAUCCUCUCCCUUGCAACUCUUAAUUCCUUUCUUCCUAUCACUCCUCCUCCCAGCCAUAAUUCGAUCAUACUAUCAAGGAACAAAGUCGUACGAAGGAUCAGCUAUCUUCUGGAUCGGCUUCGCAUUUCGAAUGGGUCUACUGGUCGUCGCAAUCUACUGGACGCUUGAUGCAGCGGAUGACGGCGACUGGUUUUCCAUUCAGAAGGAGCACUUGAAAUCAGCACGCAUGAUCCUGGCUCAGGUUGUACUCGCGAUUGCAUUUGCCGCUGGGACAACGACGUUUGCAUGGGCCAAGCCAUGUGUUAGCAUUGGUGUUACCCCCAAGGGCCCUCAAUCGGGUGAAGCAAAAACUUCCGUCACGAUCCUUGGCUACGCAAACAUUUACGGCACGCGCUACUUCCUGCUCCUAGUCAAUUUUACGCUCGCUAUAAUCCUGCUGCAGAAGCCAAUGGGCGGGGGCGCCGUUGGCCUCCAAAUCUGGCAAAUCCUCUCGCUCAUGGAGAUUCUAGACACAAACAAACUUACUACUACCAACUCCGCGACGGGACCUGUCAUUCUCGCAUUACUCGGCUCAUUCCACUAUUUCACAACAGGCCACCAAGCUACUCUUAGCAGCAUUCAGUGGGAAACCGCAUUCAUCCCUCUCAAGACCGUCCAAUACCCAUGGUCCCCUAUCCUUGUGACUUUGAAUACAUUUGGACCCCAAAUCUUAUCCGCCCUUGCUGUCCCACUCACAGUGCUCUGGAAACGGCCGAUAGAAUCGCGUGCAACCUCCAAACUACCAUCCAAUGCCUCAACCUCUUCAUCCCCAACGCCUGCGCAGGGCGAUCCACAAAAGGCCCCUCUGCAGUCAUCUCCCACGAACAAACUUUUGAGUGAUGUUGCACAGGCAUCAGCAACUCACAUGCUGUACUAUGCAACCAUCAGCUUAGCCACAACAAUGUGGGCUGGUUGGCUUAGGAGACAUCUUAUGCUGUAUCGCAUAUUCUGUCCGCGCUUCAUGAUGGGCGCUGUAGUCUUGGCCGUGGUCGACAUUGCAGUUACAUUCCUCGCAGUUGGCGGUGUACGAUGGAGCACAAUUAGCGUAGGAGAAAUCUUUGGAUGGGCAUAA